AUACUACUGUUAGCUAGGCUGCUGUUAGCUUCAUGGAGCUAACGGUAGCUCGGCUGCUGUUAGCUUCAUGGAGCUAACGGUAGCUACAUGAUACUACUGUUAGCUAGGCUGCGGUUAGCUCCAUGGAGCUAACGGUAGCUACGUGAUACUACUGUUAGCUAGGCUGCGGUUAGCUUCAUGGAGCUAACGGUAGCAACAUGAUACUACUGUUAGCUUCACUUAGCAUCACUGUGAUAACAGUUCAUUGAAGUGACAUCACAUUCACUCAGUUUAACCAAACUCCUGUUUUGUGUUACACAAACGUUUUUAUUGUGAUGAUAUGCCAGUCAUUGUGUAGUUGGUGUGAUAUUAACUUGAAUCGUUGUUUCCAUAGAGAUUUGAAACGCUCAGAAUAUGUCACAUGUUUGUUUUGAUCUGAAGGCACCAGCAGGGGGAGGAGCCACUGUGUCGCCUCCAACCUGAGAGCUGAUUGGUUGUCUCCACAGGAUGAUCUGUCAGAUCUUCAUCUUGUCAUCAAAGGGCGACCGGCUCAUCUACAAAGACUUCCGUGGAGAAGCUGGAAGUGAUGUCGUCGGUACUUUCUACGAGAAGGUCACAGCGCUGACUGGAGACCAGCCUCCGGUUGUCAUGACUCACAAAGAUCUUCACUUCAUCCACGUCAGGCAGGGAGGGCUGUACUGGGUCGCCACGACAACCGACGACUCCUCGCCGUUCACCGUCAUCGAGUUUCUCAACAGGCUGGCGGCGCUGGUGAAGGAUUACUGCGGCUCGCUGUCGGAGAAGCUGCUGCAGAGCAACUUCGCUCUGAUCUACGAGCUGCUGGACGAGCUGCUGGACUACGGUUAUGUCCAGACGACGUCCUCCGACGUCCUGAAGAACUUCAUCCAGACAGAAGCAGUUUCCUCUCGACCCUUCAGCCUGUUUGACCUGAGCAAUGUCGGCCUGUUCGGUGCGGAGACGCAGCAGAGUAAAGUGGCUCCGAGUUCUGCAGCCACCCGACCCAUCCAGUCCAGAGAGCAGGGAGGAAAGAGCGAGAUAUUUGUGGACGUGAUCGAGAGGAUGUCGGUGGUCAUCGGCUCCAACGGAGUCGUGAUGAAGGCCGACGUGGAGGGAGAGAUCAAAGUCAAGUGCUACAUGUCCAGCUGCUCAGAGAUGAGAAUCGGUCUGAAUGAAGAGUUCAGCAUCGGAAAGUCACAGCUCAGAGGUUACGGAGCGGCUGUCCGGGUCGAUGAGUGCAGCUUCCAUCAAGCCGUCCGAUUGGACGAGUUCGACAGCCAGCGCGUCCUGCGUCUGUGUCCCAGUCAGGGCGAGCAAACAGUGAUGACGUACCAGCUGAGCAACGACCUGCCCUCGGCCCCGCCCUUCCGCCUCUUCCCCACCGUCGAGAGAGACAGCGGAGGAAGGUUGGUGAUGUACAUGAAGCUUCGCUGUGAUCUGCCUCCGAAGACCGCUGCCAUUAACGUGUGUGCCACCGUGCCCGUCCCCAAAGGCUCCGUGAGUCUGUCACAGGAGCUCAGCAGUCCAGACCAGAGCUCUGAGCUGAAGCCCCAGAGCCGAGCUGUUGUCUGGCAGAUCCCUCGUUUCCCCGGAGGUACACAACUCUGUGCUCUGUUCAAGCUGGAGGUGGCCGGCCUCAGCUCCGCCUCCCUGCUGGAGGUGGGUCCGGUGGGUCUGAGCUUCGAGCUGCCGAAGGUCACCGCCACCGGGCUGCAGAUCCGCUUCCUGCGCCUGGCGCCCGUCCAGCCGGGUCCGGCCCAGCGCUGGGUCCGCUACGUCACCCACUCCGACUCCUACAGCCUCCGCAUGUGAGACCAGCGAGACCAGGGUGGACCAGGGAGGACCAGGGAGACAAGGGAGGACCAGGGAGACAAGGGAGGACCAGGGAGACCAGGGACACCAGGGAGACCAGGGACACCAGGGAGGACCAGGGAGACCAGGGACA